UAUAAAUUUAGAUGUUUACAUCCACUGCGCAAUUCAAUUUUGCAUUUCACACUAUAUGAUUCGCAAUAACCAGUUGUAUUCAUCCAUAAGUCGCCAUGCAGUACAAGGCAGCCUCUCUUUUACUGUUUGCUGCUCUAUGUGUGACUACGAAAUCAGAUUCAGAUAUAGAUACAGAUGAUUGUGAUAUCAGUCGAAGUAUGCAGGGAAAAUGGACUGUUCUGUCGGAUGAUUUACAAAAUACGAAUGACACAGUUGUGGUGGAUGGAAACAACAUUGAGGUGACCACAGACUGGGUCACAAGAGCAUUCAAGUGUAUCGAUAAAGGACUUUUCUACGGCGAGUACCUUUGGAUAAGCAAUGACAUUCCUGAUAAUUUUCUGUGUGUGCUCAAGACUGAUGUUGGCAGAAAUAUAUUUCAAAGGAUGAUUAAAACACAUACUGGCAAUUUCAACCCGGAAGAAAUCCCCGAAAAGACAGAUCACGAAUAUUUAAAUUUGUGUUCAGAUGAGUUUGUGAGCGGAGGGCUAAAACUGAAGAGGGGAAAUAAGAAUCACCGAUAAAAUGAAAUAGAUAAAGAUAUCAUUGCCUGUUUUCGAAAUUAAAAUGCAAGGCAUCAAGAAAGA